AUGCUUCGCGCAACCCUCUUCACCGCAACCUUCACGAGCCUUGUCUCCGCGCACACAGCCGCAUGGGCCAAGGGCAUGUACUGUAAAGGCGGACCUGACCCGAACCAUGAUGACCCAAAUACCAACACGGCCGUCAACCCCCUCUGGGACCUCCCCAAAGAUCAGUGGUGGUUCCAACACGACCGCGGCUGUGAUCUCGCAGCUCCUCCCGCAGGCGAGUUUCUCGAGCUCCCGGCCAACGGCGAAUUCACCGUCGAGCUGGCCCACAACCGCGGCCAGACCACGCUUACCGACAACGGCAACGGUGCUUCUAACUGGCCGGAUGGCCAGGACCAUCCCGAUGACUGGAACUCCUGGGAGGGACCGGGAAGUGCGUGCCUCGAGGAUGGCGCGAUGCAUACGUACAACGAGACGAAUGCGGCAGGGACGGCGUGGGCAAUCAGCUAUGAGAGUGACAUGACGAAAGUGACGAUGGACAAUUUGGUGGUGUUCAGCACGCUUCAGCAUACACCGUGGAAGAGGCUGGCAACGUAUCAGGUUCCGGAUCUACCGGCGUGUCCUGAGGAGGGUUGCCACUGCGCGUGGCUCUGGGUACCUGACGGCUGCGGACAACCCAACAUGUACAUGCAGCCGUACAAGUGCAAGGUCACGAACGCAAAAUCCACAACACCUGUUGCGAAAGCCCAGGCGCCUGUGUACUGCGCCGACGACAUAUCGAAGUGUGUGAAGGGUGCUAAGCAGAUGAUUGCCUGGCACCAGCAGGAUGGAAACAACAUCGAGACGGCGGACGGUGUUAGCCCCGGGUACAAUGAGAAGUGCGGGUGGAAGAACGGCGCACAAACAGAUAUUUUCGGGUAG